AUGAAGACAACAAUAACCACAAUUCUGUCUAAAAUACCCAGUGAGAAGCAGGGUCGGUCUAGAACUGUGUUGAAAUGCCUGAACACUCCUGGAGACGAUGACAGCUGCAGCUUAUACAGCAAUGACUACCCCGACUAUGGAAAGAAGGUUCCUCUGGAUGGGCCAUACUCCGAUUUAGAUGCAGAGAGUCAAAACGUUCUGACUGAACCAAACCCAAACAAGAAGAAAUAUGAAACUGAAUAUCACCAGGGCCAUGUCUCCUUUUGGAUGUCAGUCUUCAACCUGGCCAGCGUCUUGACUGGCAUGGGCAUUCUGGCUGUGUCCUUUGCCAUGGCCAACACCGGCAUCGCCCUGUUUGUGAUUCUCCUGGCGUCUCAUGCCAUUUUCUCCUUGUAUUCUGUCCACCUAUUGUUAAAAACAGCCAUAGAAGGAGGUGCCCGUGUUUAUGAGGAGCUGGGUUACAAAGCCUUUGGGAUGCCAGGAAAACUUGCAGCUUCCUGCUCCAUCAACAUGCAGAACAUUGGAGCUAUGUCAGGCUACCUCGUUAUUAUAAAGUAUGAACUCCUUUUUUUCAUUCAGACUUUUACUGGAGCAAAUAAUGGUGAAUGGUACAUUAAUGGAGAUUACCUUGUUCUGCUGGUUUCGGUUAUUAUUAUCCUGCCCCUCUCUCUGCCUAAGAACUUGGAUUGUCUUCGUUACACCAGUGGUCUGCCUCUUCUCUGCAUGGUGUUCUUCCUGAUUGUUGUUAUUAUUAAGAAGUUUGAGAUACCUUGCCCUCUGCCUCUGACUGAUCAUGUGAAUGAAACCAUACUAACCCUAGACACCUGCAGACCUAAAUAUUUUGUCUUUAACUCACAGACUGUCUAUGCUAUUCCCAUUGUUACCUUUGCCUUUGUGUGCCACCCUACCAUCCUACCCAUGUAUGAGGAGCUCAAAGACCGCUCACGCAGAAAGAUGCAGAAUAUUGCCAACGUGUCCUUCCUGGCCAUGUUCAUCAUGUACCUGCUGGGUGCCCUCUUUGGAUACCUCACCUUCAACAUCCAUGUGGAACCUAAACUGCUCCACACCUACUUCAAGUACUUCAAGCAUGAUGUCCUCCUGUUGGUGGUUCGUCUGGCUGUACUGGCUGCUGUCACACUCACAGUCCCUGUGGUGCUCUUCCCUAUUCGUACCUCCAUCAGCCACCUACUGUUCUCAACCAGGGACUUCAGGUGGAUCCAACACAUUAUUAUCACUGUAAUCCUGCUUGCAGGAACCAACACUCUGGUCAUCUUUGUCCCCAGCAUCAGAUAUAUCAUUGGCUUCAUUGGUGCCUCUGCUGCUCCAAUGCUCAUCUUCAUCCUGCCCUCAGCUUUCUAUAUCAAACUUGUCAAGAAGGAGUCAAUGAUGUCAAUGCAAAAGAUUGGGGCCAUAUUGUUCCUGAUAUUAGGAUUCUUUGUCAUGUUUGGCUGCAUGACUAUGAUUCUUAUGGACUGGAUCUCCAACAGUGAGGUCGCCGAUCAGGGUCACUGAUGCUCCAGCUCUUCUGCUGGCGAGAUACACUGAAACACUGUUUAUUUUCUUUCAAGCUUGUUUUCUAUACUGCCUAAAUAGUGACAUUUUGAAUUGAGAAAGCUUCCUGGAGGGGAAGCGAAACCUUGGAAACAAAGUCCAGUGGAUUGUUUUUUUAAACUUUUACGGAAUGCCAAAAUAGUGGUUUCCUAGAGAUCAUACAGUUUGUCAUUUUUCAUUGAAAACUGCUAGGAAUGUCAUAUGACCUUCCUAGCAGCCCUCAGCUAGAGCAGAGCAUUGACCACCCUCACUGCAUGGAUUUUAUCGCUUUAUCGCUCUUCCCUAAGCGAUUUGCAUAGGGAUAAUAUGUAAAUAAGCUGCUUUUGACAUGGACACCGUGUUCGGUGGGAAUGCACCUUAUAGCAUCACUGCUCCAGAAACGAUCUGAGGGAGGAAUGCACCAAAAUACCAGCUACAGUCUGAGCAACCUGGUGGAAACUUAUAUGAACAUUUGACCUCUGUUAUUGCCAACUAAAA